AGUGCAGUUCGUUGUCCUGCAGGCUGUAAACAAUCCUGUCCCUCCUUCGUGCGUCGUACGUCACGUGCCAAGCCCCGCCCCUGGCCUAGCUCUCGCGCAGCAGUUACGUAUGACCGUAAAAAAUAGAAACUUCCAAGAUGGCCGAGGCCGUGGACUCCAUGCAUUUCGCAGCAAACAGCAAAACAAAUUCCCCUAAACCCUUGAUAGCUAAACGGCCGCCGGAGAGCCGACCGCAGUCUUCCAGCGACAUUUACCCGCCGCCCCCUAAGAAGGUCCGGGUGGAGGAGAAGGGCCUGAAGCACAGGAAACUGAACGGAGAGGUGUGCGCAGGGGAAAAACACAACGGGAAGCAGAGUUGUGGUAGCCCAGCGAAAUGGAGUUUCGGCCCGGCCAAGGCGAGCCACUCAACCGCCGCCGCGGUGCCAGUGACUCCCGCACGAAAAAUCUUCAAAAUCAGCAACUUCCUCGCCUCCCCUCCGAAAAUGAAAAAGGCUAAGGAGAAACGGCACAAAGAGAAGGAGAAGAGCAGUGGGGCGCAGCGGAGCUCAGCCGUGAGUGUGGAGAGAUUGAGCCCAGCUAGCUGCCAUACAAAGACCGAGAACGGCGACAUGAAAAUGCUACAGAGAGAUCCUCCCGUGAAGGAGAAAGAAAAGGAGAAGAAAAAGGAAAAGAGUAAAGACUGGAAAAAUCAUAGGGUGCCACCUUUACAUGACAUUGCAAGAGAAAACGGAGAGACGAAUUCCUCACCGAAAGACUCGAAGGAGAAGCCCAAAGCUGGUUCAGAUGAAGAUCUCCUGCUGAAGAAGCUGAAGAAGAAAAAGAAAAAGAAGCACAAAGAUGGCGAGCGGAUGAAGGAUAGACACAGUCGACCCAAAAUGUAUCAUCGCUCAUGUCAGACGGUGUGUUCAGGUGUGUCUCUGGGUCUUCCCGAUUUUCUCGGUCGAGUAAAUGGAAACAACAACAACAGCAGUCUACUCAACACCGCGACACCAACGCAACACCACCAGGAUCCUGCUGCUACCUCUGCCUCCAUCACUUCCAUGGUCAGGGACAGGCUCGGCUACAGCUCCCCGGUGCACUGCGUCCCGACGCCGGGCCUCCCCGGUCUGGAGUUUGGCCAUCUGAUCCACAUCGAGCAGCAGGCCAACGGAGGAGCGUCUGUAGCUCACGCCUACAGCGAGCAGCUCUCUUGUCUGUCUCCAGCUGAGAUGCAGCGUUUUGCCCAGGAGUUUGUGACACUGUCGUUUAGCGAGGAAGACGGCCAGGCUGCAGGUUUUGUGAUGGGUAUCAUCCAUGGAGCUGCUUCCUACCUCCCAGACUUCCUGGACUACUUCUCCUACAAGUUUCCCACUGCGCCCGUAAAGAUGGAGGUGCUCGGGAAGAAGGACAUAGAGACAACAACCAUGGUCAACUUCUACUCUCAGGUGAAGCGGACAUACUCCCAGGGAACGUACCGUGCCGGGGCCAUGCGGCAGGUCAGUCUGGUCGGUGCUGUGGAUGAAGAGGUUGGAGACUACUUCCCAGAGUUCAUCAACAUGUUGGAGGAAUCUCCCUUUCUAGAGCGGACUCUGCCCUGGGGAACUUUCUCCAGUCUGCGGCUGCAGAGCCCCACUGAGAGCGAUGAUGGCCCCAUCAUGUGGGUCAGACCUGGAGAACAGAUGAUCCCUAUGGCAGACAUGCCAAAGUCACCCUUCAAAAGGAAAAGGUCCACAAAUGAAAUAAAGAACCUGCAGUAUUUACCCAGAGCCAGCGAGCCCCGGGAGAUGCUGUUUGAGGACCGGACGAGAGCCCAUGCUGACCACAUUGGUCAGGGGUUCGAGAGACAAACGACUGCUGCUGUCGGCGUGCUGAAGGCUGUGCGCUGCGGAGAGGACAGUGAUGCUCCUGCCCGGAUCACCAAAGAUGUUGUGUGUUUCCACGCUGGAGAUUUCCCAGAUGUGGUGAUGAGACUGCAGCUGGACCUUCAUGAACCUCCACUGUCUCAGUGUGUGCAGUGGAUCGACGAUGCCAAGCUGAACCAGCUGAGGAGGGAGGGGAUUCGAUACGCCCGAAUCCAACUCUACCAUGAUGACAUCUACUUCAUCCCCAGAGGAGUUGUCCAUCAGUUCAAAACUGUGUCUGCUGUCUGCAGUCUGGCCUGGCAUAUCAGACUCAAACAGUAUCACCAACAUGAAGAGAAGGAGGAGGAGGGGGAGGACGAGGAGGAGGAGGAGGAGAAGUGUGCACCCAGAGAAGACACACUUCAUACUAAAGAGGAGAAGGAAGACCAGGAGGAGAGUGUCCCUAAUGUACAGACAGUGAUGAAGCAGGAGGAUGAGGAUGCUGAGGGCCCUCAGUCACAAGCUACAGCACAGAUUUUCAAGGAGGAAGAGGAAGAGAACAGAGCUGAGACAAAGGAUUUGACAAUGACACAGCCUCUACCGACCGUCAAACAGGAAAGAGAUGAAGAUGUAGUCAAUAGCACACUAACAGAGCCUAAAGCUGAGGAGAAGGAGAAAGAGGAGGGUAUGGAAGGAGGAGAUAGAGGUGCAGAGUCACAGCAGAAGGGCCAGGAGGAGGGGGGAGUAGACAGUCCACCCUUAAAGUCACUACAAGUUAAGAAGGAGGUCGAUGUGGAAGAAGAGAGGCACCAAAAGGUAACGACACCAGGUCAGGGACUAAAAGAGAAAACUAAAGAAAGCAUAACCAGCACUUACAACACACAUCAAAUCAAAAAGGAGAAAGAUAAAGGAAAGAGGGAGAAGGAUGAAAAAGAGAGGUUUAAAGAAAAGGAGAAGAAAGACAAAGAGAGGAGUAAAGAUAAGGACAGGGAUAAAAAGGACAGGGGGAAAGACAGGGAUAGAGAAAAGGAUAGGGGAAGAGAGCAGGAAAAAAUGAAGACUGAGGGAGGCAGAGAGGGCAGUGCAGCCACGCAGCCUGUGCAGCAGAUAAGGAAAAAAGAGGAAGAGGAGCUGACAAAAGAGGGCAGCAAAGCCUCUCAGACUUCCCUGCCUGCGCAGAGAGACGAGAAGUGGGCCAAAGAGUGGGACUCAAAGACGCAACCUCAUGUCAAGAAAGAGAAGGAGCACACAGGGAGUGAUAAAGAGAAGGGAGUGUCUCACAGAGAGGAGGCCCGAGACGCCAGCUCACAUAAACACAAGUCUUCACACGGGAAGAAGGAGAAGAGCGGGCACAGGGAUGGAAACACAUCAAGCACGUACUCAAAGCCAGGAAGAGAAGACGGAAAGAUGGGAGCUCCGAAACCCGCGAACAUUCAGAUUAAAAAAGAAGGAAAAAAGGAUAAAGACGUGAACAGUAAAGAGGAGAAAAAGAAGCCUUCCUCUGGUGGCGCUCCACCAGAACACAAACAACCACGGACGCUCAUCACCUUUGACCUCUUUAAGCCCAUGGAGGCUCACCAAACUCUGGCUCUUUCCUUAACAGACAGUCGGCCUAAGAGCCAUCACCACAGUGACUCUCGAGGCUCUUCCUCAAAGCCUGGCUCUGAAUCUCGGACACUUGUGCCCUCUAAAGGACCAAAAGUAAAGGACUCAGUGCAGGGAAAACCUGCCACACCUCUACAGGACACUCGGCCACAGCAGCACUCGUUAAAACAGCCCCUUAAAACACACACACCCCAAACACAGAAAGACACUCUUAAUAUGAAUGUCUAGAUGUCCAGUCUUCUUUUUUUACUGUACAACUUCCGCUGAGGCUUUGUUAAAGUACUUGAAGAGGCAUCCUUUCUUCAGACGUCACCUGGACCUUUUUAAUUUGUAAUAAUGAGAAGGUGCAUUCCCUUUCUUUGCCGACACACUUCAUCCAGUGAUGCAUCGAAGAGAAGAUGCACUCAUCAAGUAUUUUAUCAACGCCUAAGAAUGUAAGCUAAGUAGCUCACUUCACGUUUGUUAGCGAAUGUAUGUAGGCUCUAUAUAAACUGUUAUGUGACCCAUGUGUCAGUGCCUGUGCACUACUUAGCUUCGCUCUUCAAGCACCUAUUUUAGGUACUGGACUUGCCAAUCUGAAAACAACCAAACACACUCCUAGCUAUAGUAAAUACUCAUCCUCACUGUAUCUGAUAUUUCAGGAAGCCGCCGCGCUGACACUGAAAUCCUCUUUGCCGCGUCGCUUCAGUUGACGGGGUUUUGUUUUUAACACUCCAACAUCGGAGCAAGUCGUUGUUUUCAGACUGGAAGUUAUUUGACUCACACAGGGCUGUAAAUGAUACUGUAUGUACCAAAACUGUACAGUAUAGAUGUUAUUAGCACCAAUGUGAGAAAAUGUAUACAGAAAUUGCAUAUAUUUUUUGUAAGACAAGUUUUAUUUUCCAUAGAACUUAUUUAUAUCAUUUACUGUCUGUUUUUAUUUGAAACCAAUGUAUGUGAAAAAUUUGUUGUAAAUACAUUUUAUUUCCUAAGAUAAGACUUGGUAGUGUGAUUUAUACUCUGAUCAGAACCUCUCAAUAAAUGGUUCAAAAAUA